AUGAAAGGGAGAGUAGCACAGAAUCAGAUCAAAUUCCUAACAGAUGAAAAUGGAAGACUGAUCAACAAUCUAGAAGGUAUUGAACAAGAAAUAGUGGGGUUCUACAGAGGAUUGCUAGGAAGAUCUACUAAUAGCAUACUUGCUAUUAAUCCUAGCAUAAUGAGGAAAGGACCAGGGCUUACAAGGUCUCAGCAGCUACAACUUAUUGUUCCUUUCACUAAUGAAGAUGCGAUGAAAGCACUGCAGGGGAUAGGAGAUUCAAAGGCACCGAGUGGGGAUGGGUUUAAUGCAUACUUCUACAAGAAGACUUGGCACAUAGUUGGUAAGGAUAUUACAAAGGCUGUUUUGAAAUUCUUUGAUGAAGGGCUAAUGUACAAACCAAUAAACAGCACAACAGUUACUUUGAUCCAAAAGUGA